AUGGAUUCGCCUGGGACCAGCGCAAUGGAGCAGCUGAUGCGAAAAAAGGAACUCGCUGACGCUCCCUGUGACAGUCCGCCUGCAGCUCCGACAGAGUACUGCUUUACUACGCCGAAUGUCCCGACGCGCCGCAAGCGCAAGCCGAUUGCUCAGGCUGUUGCUCCAUCAAACGGCUCACAAGAUCACGGUUCACAAAGGGCGAUGACGUGCAACAGAAAUAAUCGAGUCAAAGAUGAAGUGAUACAAGGAUCCACGGAGAAGGAACACUCCUUCAAGGGCAAUGUGUGCACGCCGCGAACUGCAUCUACUCGGGCAGAAUCGAUGAUCAGCG